AUGUUUUGUCUCGAAAUAAUACCAAUGGAUACUCCUAUUUUAGAGUACGGGUCGGUUGUCUGGGAUCCUUACACUGUUUCUGAUAUUAAUCAACUCGAACGUGUUCAAUUUAGAUUUUUGAGAUUUUGUUGUUUUGUGUUAGGCAUUUCCCAUUUAGCUCAUGAUUAUACCAAUAUCGCUAACGUACUUAGCCUACCUACUCUUGCUGAACGAAGAAGAACUUUAAAUUUAAAAUUUAUUCGUGGUCUUGUUACUAACCAUAUUGAUUCCCCUUGCUUGCUUUCCCAAAUUAACUUCAAAGUCCCUUCGCAUGUAUCUCGUUCUCAUGUGACCUUCCAUAUUCCUACCGCCAACACUAAUUAUCUGAAAAAUGAGCCUUUAAGACGAAUUAUGUCACUUGCCAAUGAGGACCCAUCUUUUGAUGAUAAUUUGUUCUAA